AGAGCCUCAUGUGAGUCAUAUGAAAGCUCCACACUGCUGACCUCUGGCAAAAAGGGAGUGAGAGAGGACAGGAGAGGCAGAGGGGGAGAGGUUCAAGUGUGGGUUUUCUCCUUGAACCUGAAAGACUAUGGGUCAAGAGCUGUGUGCUAAGAGUCUACAGCCUGGGUGCAGCUGCUAUCACCGUUCCAAAGGAGGCGAGGCACACAGCAGCCGGAGGAGUCAGCCUGUGACCAUGGAGGCUGAAUUCCAGCUAACAGACCUAAAAGAAGCAUCAAGCUGCAUGACUUCAUUUCACCCCAGGGGAGUGCAGGGGGCUGGUGCCCGGAAAUUUGAGAGUAAAAGGCCACGGAGUAAUAGCGAUUCUUUUCAGGAAGAGGAUCUGAGGCAGGGUUUUCAGUGGAGGAAGAGCCUCCCUUUUGGGGCCGCCUCAUCUUACUUGAACUUGGAGAAGCUGGGUGAAGGUUCUUAUGCUACAGUUUACAAGGGGAUUAGCAGGAUAAAUGGACAACUAGUGGCUUUAAAAGUCAUCAGCAUGAAUGCAGAGGAAGGAGUCCCAUUCACAGCAAUUCGGGAAGCGUCUCUCCUGAAGGGCUUGAAACACGCCAAUAUUGUGCUUCUGCAUGACAUAAUUCACACCAAAGAGACCCUGACAUUCGUUUUUGAAUACAUGCACACAGACCUGGCCCAGUAUAUGUCUCAGCAUCCAGGAGGGCUUCAUCCUCACAACGUCAGGCUUUUCAUGUUUCAACUUUUGCGGGGCCUGGCGUACAUCCACCACCAACACGUCCUUCACAGGGACCUGAAACCUCAGAACUUGCUCAUCAGUCACCUGGGAGAGCUCAAACUGGCUGAUUUCGGUCUUGCUCGGGCCAAGUCCAUUCCUAGCCAGACAUACUCUUCAGAAGUUGUGACCCUCUGGUACCGGCCUCCUGACGCUUUGCUGGGAGCCACUGAAUACUCCUCUGAGCUGGACAUAUGGGGUGCAGGCUGCAUCUUUAUUGAAAUGUUCCAGGGUCAACCUUUGUUUCCUGGGGUUUCCAACAUCCUUGAACAGCUGGAGAAGAUCUGGGAGGUGUUGGGAGUCCCUACAGAGGACACUUGGCCUGGAGUCACCAAGCUACCUAACUACAAUCCAGAAUGGUUCCCGCUGUCGAAGCCUCAGAGCCUUCAGAUUGUCUGGAACAGGCUGGGCAGGGUUCCUGAAGCUGAAGACUUGGCCUCCCAAAUGUUGAAGGGCUUUCCUAGAGACCGGGUCUCCGCCCAGGAAGCACUGGGCCAUGAUUAUUUCAGUGCUCUGCCCUCCCAGCUGUACCAGAUUCCUGAUGAGGAGUCUUUGUUUACAGUUUCAGGAGUGAGGCUAAAACCAGAAAUGUGUGACCUUUUGGCCUCCUACCAGAAAGGUCACCACCCAGCCUGGUUUAGCAAAUGCUGGUGAAAAGAAGGGGUGGAGUCACCAAGAUUCUUCCAGG